UAUAACGCUUGAUGUUUGAAACGGACUAUAAGGUAUUUCCCCUUAGAAAUUUAAGCUGCUAAAUUUAGAAUUGAUGUCGAUAGUGGUAAAAGCCCUUACUUUUACAACGUAGGGACCUAGCGUGUUGAUUUGAGGAUUUUCCCGUUUCUUCGCCUUCAAGAUGGCGACUGAAAUGACGAGGUCGAAUUCGUCCGAAUCCGCUCUGAGUUCACAACAAAGUCUAGAACAGGAACGAGACUGCUACAAAGAAAAAGUGGACCACAUGAAGUUACUUCUAAAACAGUGCCAAACCGAACUCCACACGUAUAAGAUCCGCCACGGGGGAGUGGAGACGUUCUCACGACUUUUACAAGAGACAAAACAGGAGAAUUCUAGCUUGAAUAAGAAAUUAAAGACAUUGGAAACAAUUGUGAGGAAUUUACAAAGUAGGCUUAUCAAUCAUGGGUUAUCUGCCAGUCUAAGUCUGGAAGAAAGCGAUGACUUUAUUCCAGGAACGUCAAAACAAGUGUUAGAAAACCUGACCAGAGAAAAUUCGAGACUAAAACAGCUUUUGAGAACGUCCCCAUCGGACCCGGAAGAAAUACAGACCUUACAACAGAAAGUGAAGGAAUUUUCUCAGAAAAACACUGCUCUUCAGCAACAACUUGAGUCAAAAGCAUCACGAGUGAAUGAUCUUGAGCGAGCCCUGUCGAGCUCAGCCGAUGAAAAAGAUGCACAGAUCCGCAGACUCACAACUACAGUGGAAGAGCUCAGAGAAAGCUCGCGAACUCGAGACGUGCUCUGUAUAUCCCUGGCUGAGGAAACGAAUAACUUACGGCAGCAACUUACCGAUGUUGGAACGCAGUGUCAGCAAAUGGCUCAACGCCUCGAAAACAGCAAGACAAAACAAGGCUCACAACUUAAGGGUUCAGACAAACACCCAGAAGAUGCGGAUAGGCUGAGGGAGGAAAACUACACAGUGAAGGCCAAAUUAGACGAGGUUAUAAAGAUGAAUCAUCGGUGGCAGUCUUACAACACGAUGCAGGAGCAGCGGAUCAAACAACUGAUGUCGGAGGUCGAGUCCGCUCAGGCCCUGGCCAUCACGCCCGAGCGAGAAGAGUCGAUCAACCGUGCACUGGACGAGGCCAAAUCCAAACUCCAGUCUCUGGAGAACCAGAAAAAAGAGUUGGAUACAAAAUUAAAUGAGGCCUUGACUUAUAACUCCCACCUAACGCAGGAAGUAGAAAAGCUCCGAGAGGAAGUGAAUUCUCGUCGCGAGGGAACCUGUCUGAGCAGUAACUCAGAAUCCAUCGAGGCCCUGAAACACCAGAUCCAAAUCUGUACCGAGGACUUUGAGUAUGAGCGCAGUGACCGAGAAAAGGCGCAGCAUCGAAUAUCUCAACUCGAGGAGGAGAUGAGACAGAUUAAGGCGGAGCGUGAUCGCUAUAAAACUCGCAUAUCUCAGCUCGAGUCUGAGAGCAGCAAGAAAGAUCCAAUGAGCCGGAACCGGUUCCCUCAAGUCAACCUUGACUACAAUCUUCUCACCAACCAAUCGCUGUACAAUGACUUCAACCUUAACCAGGGCAACCAGGGCCUUUCUAUGGAGACACAGUUGGCUGCUAGAGGUCCAAGUCACUUUGCAGAACACAAACCUCCAAACAGUUUACCUAUAGGCCAGGUCAAGGGUCAACUGUCAAUGGAUCAAGGUCACUCUGGGACAAAGGUUGAUGCAAUGUAUGCUGCACAGAAUAUGAAUGAGGUAGACAGUAACCACCUCCAAACAGACAAUAGUACGCCCUCCUCUCAACACAGUGUUCCUAAAAAAGAGUCAAACCCUCCAGAUAAGGCUGACUCGGAUUUUGGACUUUCGGUGACUGUUCCUUCUUUGAAUGACCUUGAUGACAUCAAUGACUCGGAAAGUGACACUCAGUCUGGGAAUGGACAAAUGUUGUCAUGUCCUAAAUGUGGACAAAGUUUUAGUGCCGAUUGCCAUGCUCAGUUAGUGGAGCAUUUGGAAGUGUGUUGUGAUUGACCUUGAACGUUUUGAACUUUUGACCUUUGAAUAAUGUGUAUAUUUAUUUUGUAAUGAUUCAUAGGUAACAGAAUUGGGGGACGAGGGGUUAAAUGAUCAGUCCUUUAUUAAAAAAACAAUUUGGUAAAUCUAGAUGAUAACAGUUUGAAGAUUUUAUAAAUUUAAUAUAAAUAACACAAUAAGUUGAAUUGCCAAGGGCAACAACAUAACAAAUACAUCAUCAAAUACUAUCCUUUCUGCAAAAGUAAUUUUAUUGAAAUAUACAUCGAAAACAUUGAAUCCGUUGAUAAACACAUGUAUACACACGGCAAUUGGGUUUCUCCGUCUACCUUUAACUACAUGUAUUCCUAAUUAAAUGAAGGUACCGGUACUCACACAGGUGUUCAGAUAAGUCAAUAAUUUCCGAGUUUUCUUGCAAUUCGUGGUAAGAUCCACAAAAUUAAAUGCUGUUUUGAAUGUGGAGAUCAGAGACGCCCAAAUCACUCUUCCAUAUUUACGUGUAUAUAUUCUGGCAAGCUUUAAACUAUUGUUUAUUGGAUCAUAUAACAUUGGUAGGUGAAUACAUUGUACAAUUAUAGUCUGUGAUAAUUCUCAAAUGUCGGGAUAUGACAAUUCUGUCAAGUAAGACGGGACUUGGCAGAGAAGAACUGCAUUAAUGCAGAAUUGAUGACAAAACAUUCUCUCUACAUGAUAAAGUACAAUGUACUAUUGGAAUCCACUAAUUUUGGGAGGCCAAAAAGUUUAUAGGGAUUUUAUUUUGUGGGUUUGUAUGUUUUACUGUAAUGAAUAAUUUGUUUCCUAAUUUAUUGUGGAUGUUAAUUAUUCAUGUUGUGGAAGACUCACAAAAUUAAUGACAAUUGAGCCACGUAAGAUUCUAUAGAUUACACCUAUAUUUGUGAAAAUAAGACAGGAUAUGAUGUCAUGUAACAGGAUAUGAUGUCAAAAACAACUAACAUUGAGAAUUGAGUUCAAAUUAGUCAUUCAGAUUACACAGAGAAAGGAUGACAUGAAAUUCAAUGUGUGUAGGUAAGAUUUACAGAGCAUGUAUGAGGAGCCUAUUGAAUAAACUAUUAACCUGGCCAGACCAAUAAUUUCUGCUUCGAUUUUCUCCUGUCAAAAGUUGUCAAUUACAAAUGUAAAGUUUUUUGAAAAAGCAGUUUAAUUCUAUCAAUGUUUAUGACUUUAUCAAAAUAAAGAUGGCUUUAAUAUUUGAUUUUAAUGAUACAUAUAGAACUGAUUUUUUAUGUGUACUAGAUUUGAAAAUCAUAUGCAUUUUGAAACAUAUAUACAUAUGUAUGGCUUGCAGAUUAAAUAAACUUCAGUUUAAGACUAUCUUUUAUGAGCAAUUAACGUGAUACAAUUUGAUAAUGUUUAAUAUUGGAAGGGUUGUAAAUAGGAAGUUUUAGCUGGUCAAGGGAGAUAAGCACAUUUUUUUCCUGCGAUGUAGAUCAUCAUGGAUUAUCUCCCUUGACAUGGUUAAAAUAGACUUGGGUGCUGACUCCAGUGUUUGCCAAAUAAUGUUUCAUCCCCAUUCAUCAAUACUAUGUCCUGUGCUGUGUAUGUAUGUUCUUGACUUUUUUAAUUACCAUGAAUACAAGUGGUUAUAAGAUAUUCAGCUUUCCAAUGUUUUUAUGUAUCUGUCAAAGUUUUGAUAGUAAAAUCAAUCAUUAUUAGAAA